GCGGAGCUCGGGGGAGCCGGGCUGGCUGCUGCAGGCGGAGGGCGGGCGGCACAGAGCCGCCCUCCUUCCUUGUGCUGCCGCCGGCCGAGCCGCCCGCGCCGGACCGCGGGCUCCGGUAAAAAAUGGCAUUUCGGAAGGCAGUGAAAGGAACUGCUCUCAUUGGAGGAGGUGCCAUAGCAACAGUUUUUGGCCUCUCUCAAUUUUCUCAGUAUAGAAACAAACACGGUGCCUUGGUGCAGGUUCAGGCUGCAGAGGUUGUUCCAGUAAAGAACCAUCUCCCCACGAGAGAACAGCAGAUUUUGGCCCUGCAAACCAACAGUGAAUUUGAUGUCAUUGUCAUAGGAGGAGGAGCAACGGGCUGUGGCUGUGCUCUGGAUGCAGCCACCAGAGGACUAAAAACAGCCCUUCUAGAAAGAUAUGAUUUCUCAUCGGGGACCAGCAGCAGGAGCACUAAAUUGAUCCACGGUGGAGUGAGGUACCUCCAGAAGGCCAUCAUGAAGUUGGAUUUCGAGCAGUACAGGAUGGUGAAGGAGGCGCUGGAGGAGCGCGCACACCUGCUGCAGAGCGCCCCGCACCUCUCCGCUCCGCUGCCCAUCAUGCUGCCCAUCUACAAAUGGUGGCAGCUGCCCUACUACUGGAUUGGGAUAAAGCUCUAUGACCUGGUGGCAGGAAGCCAGUGCCUGAAGAGCAGUUAUGUCCUCACCAAGUCGAGAGCCUUGGAGCUGUUCCCGAUGCUGCGCAAGGACAAGCUGGUUGGAGCUAUUGUCUACUACGAUGGACAGCACAACGACGCGCGCAUGAACCUGGCCAUCGCCCUGACGGCCGCGCGCUACGGCGCUGCCACCGCCAAUUACGCCGAGGUGCGGCGCCUGCUCAAGACCACCGACCCGGCCAGCGGGAAGCUUCGCGUCUGCGGGGUGCGCUGCAGGGACGUCCUGACCGGGAAGGAAUUUGAUGUCAGAGCCAAGUGUGUUAUCAAUGCUACGGGACCUUUCACAGACUCCGUGCGCAAAAUGGAUGAUGAGGAAGUGCCCAACAUCUGUCAGCCCAGCGCAGGAGUGCACAUCGUGAUGCCUGGUUAUUACAGCCCUGACAACAUGGGGUUGCUGGAUCCAGCCACCAGCGACGGCAGGGUGAUUUUCUUCCUGCCCUGGGAGAAGAUGACGAUCGCAGGGACCACGGACAGCCCCACCGAUGUCACCUCCCACCCCAUCCCCACGGAGGAGGACAUCAACUUCAUCCUGAGCGAAGUGCGCAACUACCUGGGCGCCGACGUGGAAGUGAGGAGAGGAGACGUGCUGGCAGCGUGGAGCGGGAUCCGGCCCCUGGUCACAGACCCCAACUCCAAGGACACGCAGUCCAUCUCGCGCAACCACGUGGUGACCAUCAGCGACAGCGGCCUCGUCACCAUCGCAGGGGGGAAGUGGACAACCUACCGUGCCAUGGCGCGGGACACCAUCGACGCAGCCAUUCAGGAGCACAACCUGAAGGCAGGAUCCAGUAAAACCAUGGGGCUGCGGCUGGAGGGGGCUCACGACUGGAGCCCCACACUCUACAUCAGGCUGGUCCAAGACUACGGACUUGAAAGCGAGGUGGCUCAGCACUUGGCUUCCACCUACGGGGACAAGGCUUUUGAGGUGGCCAAAAUAGCCCAGGUCACAGGGAAGAGGUGGCCAAUUGUUGGAAAACGUCUGGUGUCUGAAUUCCCUUACAUUGAAGCUGAGGUGGUGUAUGGAGUGAAGGAGUAUGCCCGCACCGCCGUGGACAUCAUCUCCCGCCGCACCCGCCUGGCCUUCCUCAACGUGCAGGCGGCGGAGGAGGCCCUGCCCAGGAUCGUGGACAUCAUGGGCAAAGAACUCAACUGGAGCGAGCAGAAGAAGAAGGAAGAGCUUGAAACUGCGAGAAAAUUUCUCUAUUAUGAAAUGGGCUACAAAGUAAAAACAGAUCAAUUGACAGACAGCUCUGAAAUCAGCCUAGUGCCUUCAGAUAUUGAGAGGUACAAGAAGCGGUUCCACAUGUUUGACAAGGACAAGAAGGGCUUUAUCACCAUCCUGGACGUGCAGCGUGUCCUGCAGAGCAUCAGCGUGCAGAUCGCCGAGAACACGCUCCACGAGAUCCUCAACGAGGUGGAUCUCAACAAGAACGGGCAGGUGGAGCUCAACGAGUUCCUGCAGCUGAUGAGUGCCAUCCAGAAGGGCCACGUGUCGGGCAGCAGGCUGGCUGUGCUGAUGAAGAGCGCCGAGGAGAACCUGCGGCGCCGCGCCGCCAUCCCGGUGGACCGGAGCGGGGGCGGCGUCUGAACCCACUCCCACCCCACCCCACGGCUGCCUGGAGCUGCUGAGAACAUUCCAGAGCUUCUGCCCUCCCCACUGGCCCAGGUGCCCAGAGCUCUUCCACAAUGCGUUGGUGCGUUUGUCCGUGUCAUUAACGAUUUUCCUGCUGCUCUGGUUCGUGGCCUUCGGGUCGGGGCUUCUGCAGUCCCUGGGGUUUCUUAGCAAGGGUUCAGGAACACAGGCUGGGAGGGUUUGGGGGCACACACAAGCACGUGCUGCCUUGGUCAUUAACUUUUCACUUUAAUCUUUAAAGCAGAGGAUGCUCAGAGUGAAUCCUGCCAUUAAACGCGUUGAGUUCUCCAAAUACAAACCCGGUAUCUCAAAGCUGCUGCUGUGCCUUCAGCA